GUGUGUGCUAGUGACGGUCGUACGUACCCGAAUGAGUGCAAAAUGCGUAAAGCAGCCUGCGAUAGCGGUAAAACGCUUUUCGUCAAGUACAACGGGAUUUGCGAAGGAUGCGCGAAGAAGAAUUGUCAGUACUACUCAACCUGUAUCGUAGAGAACGGCAAAGCUGAGUGCCGUUGUCCUACCGAGUGUAACAAAAACGCGUCAUCAACAGGAUCAACACCCGUGUGUGGAACGGAUGGGGUCACAUAUUCGUCAGAGUGCCAUCUAAGGAAGAGCGCCUGUCAGCAGACGAAAUUCAUAGUGGUUGCCUUCGAAGGAAAAUGC